GUUUUUUCGCCAGAGGCGGAGAAGGUGUUUUCGCCUUUAGAGUUAGUAAAAGAAGUACAUUUUACUCGAGGAGGCCUUGCUGAAGAAGAGAUAAUAGAAGCAACAAAUAUAAAUUGGUUGGAUAAGAAAGAUAAUCCUGUAGCAGUUGCAAGAAGACAAAGACAGCGGGAACAAAGUCGUCAAAGAUUGAGUCAAAAUAAGCUAAGAAAGCAAAGAAAAAAUAAUAAAAAAAAUAAUAAUAAAGAUAAUAAUAUAUCACAAGAAAGAGAAGAAGAUGAUGAAGAAGAUGAUAAUGAUAAUGAUAAUAAUGAAGAUGAAGAUGCAGCAGCAGCAACAGCAGCAGGACCCUGGUCUUUCUUUGAAUGGUUUUCUAAAGAACCCUGGCCUGAGUGCUGGCCGGACGUAGGUGAGGUAAUCCGCAGAGAGAUUUGGCAUUCGCCUGUCGCAUACUUUUUAGGGGAUGCACUUAGCGAUGAAGACGAAGAUGACGACGAAGAAGACGAUGAAGACGAUGAUGAUGAUGAUGAUGAUGAUGAAGAAGAAGAAGAGGGGCUCAGUCAGCAAGAAGCAGACCCGUCCAAUGAUGCAUAA